AUGGAGCAGCGGUAUGUGAAGGCACCGUGCCCGCCGCGCUGGGUGCGCCUUUGUGCCCGGCUCUGGGAGCCCGCGACGGCCGCCGCGCGCCCCGCUCCAUUGUUUCGCUUCUCCGUGUCUUCCGGGCAGGUGGCGGCGGCGGCGGCGCGCGGGGUCCGCACGUGCCGCUGCGGCGGCAGGAACGCGGGGAGCCGCGGGCGCCGGGAGAUGAAGUACCUGAAGCCAUGGUGGUCGGACGGCGGCGGUCUCCUGCACCUCACCAUCCUGCUGAGCCUGGCGGGGCUCCGCGUGGACCUGGAUCUCUACCUGCUGCUGCCGCCGCCGCCCCUGCCCGGCGAUGAGCUUCUGCUGCGAGGUGGCCCUGAGAGCCCCGCCUACGCGCUCAGCCCCUUUCCCGCCUGGGGAGGCUGGGGGCGCGCUGACCAGCUGCACCCGAAGGGCUGGGAGCCCGACCCCGCGGCGCCGUCCGAGGGACGGCUGCUCCGGGAGGUGCGCACGCUGGGCGUCCCCUUCAUCCCGCGCACCCGCGUGGAUGCGUGGCUGGUGCACAGCGUGGCGGCGGGGGACCCCGACGGCACCCAUGGGCUCCUCGGUGCCGCUGCUGCCGCCUCGUCGGCCGGAGGAGUGGGCGCUGGCGUGGACGGCGGCAGCCAGGCUGCGCCGGGCGGUGGCGGCGACCCCCGAGCGGCUCAGAACAGUCCCUUGGCCGCUGGAGAGGAGGAAACGGCGCCGGCGGAACCGACGGCUCAAGUUCGGGACGCUGCAGCAAGCGCCAAUGAGAAUGGGGUGCUAAGAGAGAGGCAUGAAACAGCAGGUCACAAUUCCCGGCAGGAGGAAAAUGAGCAGAGCAUCUUAGCCCAGAAGGAGAAAUCGCUAUUGCAAAAGAAUGAAGAUGAAAAUAAAAUAACAGACAAACCUGACCGGGACACAGAAAAACCCACUGAGUCUCGAAAUGAGGUGCUGUCCGGGUUGUGAGCCUUGCUGCUUCAGCCUGGAGCGUUUGGGAGAUCCUUGAGUGUCCUCGGACGAGGGAGAGCACCGUCUGGGCCACCGAGACUGACAGGCGAACCAGAGCACCACUUUGUUCUCUGUGCCCACCCCCUCCCCCCCUCCAGCCUGUUCUGACCUGUUCUGGGCAAACGAGUUUCUCCCUGCACCUCAGGUGAAAUCUCAGGUGACGCAGGAGCCACGGCUUCUAUAUAGUAAGGAUCUAAGCUCACUGCAGCAGCUGCUAAUCUGGUGUGGUUCUCUGAUCCCCAAGUCCCAACUUCUCCCUUUCUCCCGCCCUCUGCUGCCACUCCUAAGCCUGCUGGAAGCAGAAGAGCGUGUCUGACUUCGCCACUCUCCCUGUGCACGAGGUGUCUCCGCGGGGCAUCCUGGGGAGGCUCUCGGAAGGCAAAGAGCUACAGGCUGCUUCCCAUCUGACACUGGUUUCCCAUAAACUGGAAACUGCUUCUUUGGAGACGGAGACAAGCACUUCCGUCUCCGCUUCUUUGGGGCUUCUCCGUGUGCAGGUGCCGGCUGUCCCCAGGCGCCCAUCAUUUCCUUUCCCCGGCCUCUCCGGCCAGUGUGCGGGCGAGUAGUGCCCACUGCAGGGCUUCACUUGAGCUCCUCGGCAUUCUCCCCAGAGACAAGCUCCUCGAAACUCAGGCAGUUAUACAAAGAGCCUUUGUUUGGGGAGGGGGACAGAAGGGGUUCUUGGGUGUUCUGUUGGGGGCUUAUUCCUGUUAAGUCUCGGGGAUUCAUAUGGGAUGCUAGGGAUCGAAACAGGGUUGGCGUGUGCAAAUGCCUUAUCCAUCGUAUUCUCUCCAGCACCUUGAAAGAAACCUUUUGAAUGCAGUGCUGGGAACUGACCACCAUCCCUCUUACCCAGCCAAGCCCUGUAUUUAUUUUGAAGAAAACAUUCUAACUGAGCGGAGUACCCGAGCCUACCACUUUAUUGUAUAAAAACGUAUGCUAUUAGUUCACUUUUCUUUUGGGUUUGUCUUUGGCCUUCCUCAUUAGGCUUCUCAGUGAAACUGCACCACUGCUGGGAAUGAACCCUAGAGCUUCACACAUGCGAUACAAGCCUCUACCACUGAGUUUCCUUUCCUAGCUGGAACUGUUUUCACUUAAGUUGGACUCACCUUUAGUAACCUACUGCUGCAACAGGCACUCAUUUAAUAGUAAUGAAACAUUAGAUCAAACAUUAGUUUAGACAAAACAUCCCCGAUACACAAAAAUCACAGCCAGUUCAGCUCUGACACAUCUGUGACUUGCAAACUACUCACUUCAUAUCAUCUUCUGACAAGAUACCCUUUUACUGAUUUCUGGGAUUUUACUUUCUUUUACCAUUUGUGCUGAAAUAAAACUAAAGUGAUAUGUCUAUGAUUAUAAAUUGCUGGUGUUUAUUUGCGCUUUUAUAUUCUUUCACUGACAAACAUGCAAGGAUACCUAAGACAGGUGAUGUAGUUUGCUAGUAACUGUCACUUCUUUAUAAUCUUACUGCAGGCCUAGAUGAUUUAAUAAUAAAUAUAUAAUGUAUGUAGAAUAGCUGAUCAGAAGAUACUUCCUCACUGUGGACAAGCUUAUAUUACUGUUUUAUCUUUUAAAAAAGUGUGUCUCGGGGAGCUAUGUGUCUAAUCCGUAAAAACCACAAAGAAGUCUUGGCUGAAAAAGGAUCGACUAUGAUUAUUAUUACUGCUUUUUGGAUUGAACCCAGGUAGGCCGCAUGCAAGGCAAACACUCUAUCUAUCCCCUGUACUAUCGCUCCAGCCCCAAGUAUGACUAUUUUUGUUUUGGGGUCAUAACCAGCAAUAUUCGGGGCUCUGUGCUCAGGGAUCACUCUUGGUGGGGCUCAGGGGUUCUGGCUAUUGAAGCCGGGUCAGCCCCAUGUAAAGCAAGCACCCUACCCACUGUACAUUUCUCCAGCCUCAAGUAUGAUCAUCUUUUAUGUGAAAAUCUAGGAAGAAAUAUUUAAGUCAGACUUGAAGAAAAAAAGAAAAUGGAUAUAAUUUUCCGGCCAGGAAGAUAGCCCAAAGUGUUACUUUGGGGUAACACCACUGCCCCAUGUCCAAGCACCACCAGGAGCAACCUCCAUGCACAGAACCAAGAGUAA